AUGACCUCAGUUUCAAUAUAGUUGUCCUUGGUUCUCAUGUCACUUUUGGUGCUGCCUGUUGUUGAAGCAGAAGAAGCCCGUAAUAUAAUUGCUCUCUUGUUAGAUGUGGUUCUCAGCGUUACAGGCAUUUGUGUUUACUUGCGGAUAUUUGCUCUAGAAAGAUAUGGACAGGUGUGA